AUGCAUCUCCCUAGCAUCACCGCGGCCCUAGCUCUAGUCGGCUUCAGUGCUGCCACUCCUACAGAUUACAGCACCUCCUCAUCCUCCUCCAAGAACCAAGGUCUCGCUCAAGCGUGGACCUCUAAGGGCCGCCAAUACAUUGGUACUUCCCUUACCAUCCGCGACGACCCCAUCGAACAAGGCAUCAUCCAGUCGCGUACCGACUUCAACUCCAUCACUCCCGAGAAUGCCAUGAAAUGGGAGUCCACCGAGCCUCAACGCAACAACUUUACUUUUGCUGCUGCAGACGCCAUCGUAGACUUUGCCGAUAGAUACGACAAGGAGAUUAGAUGCCACAAUCUAGUCUGGCACUCUCAGCUGCCCGCCUGGGUCAGUCAAGGAAACUUUGACAACAAGACGUUGAUUUCCAUCAUGGAGAACCACAUCAAGAAACUCGCUGGACGAUACAAGAACAAGUGCACGCAUUGGGAUGUUGUCAAUGAAGCUCUGGAAGAAGAUGGCACUUACCGCAAGUCCGUCUUCUACAACACCAUUGGAGAAGCCUUUAUCCCCAUUGCUUUCCGCUUUGCCGAGAAGUACGCCGGCUCAAAGACAAAGCUGUACUACAACGACUACAACCUCGAGUACGGCAGUGCCAAGGCCCUUGGUGCUCAACGUAUCGUGAAGCUCAUUCAGAGCUAUGGUGCAAAGAUUGACGGUGUUGGUUUACAGGCACAUCUGAGCUCUGAGGCUACUGCAUCAACUGGUGGCGGUGUUACCCCUGACGUCAAGACUCUGACUAACGUCCUCAAAUUGUACACUGACCUCGGCGUCGAAGUCGCAUACACAGAGCUGGACGUCAGAUUCACCACCCCAGCCACCGAUGCCAAGUUGAAGGCUCAAGCAGAUGCAUACGCUAGAGUUGUCCAGUCUUGCAUCAACGUAAAGAAGUGUGUUGGUAUCACUGUCUGGCUGACUUGUUGGUGCGAAAUAGNNGGUGUUUCGGACAAGUACUCUUGGAUCCCUGGUGUUUUCCCUACCGAAGGCGCGGCCUUGCUGUGGGACGAGAAUUUCAACAAGAAGCCGGCAUACUACUCUGUCCUCAAGACCAUUCAGGCUUGGCGCAAGACUUGA